AUGGAGCGUCUGAAGUUAGUCUUGCAGUACUUCCAGUCCAACUCAGAGUCGAUCUCCAAUGGUAUCUGUAUCAUCCUGGCCUUGGUCGGUGUCAAGAUUUACACCAGCUUUGACUUCAACUGCCCAUGCCUUCCUCAGUACAACAAACUCUACUCUCUGGGAGUGAUGAUCAUUCCACCCAUCAUUCUGUUUUUUCUGGGGGUCCUGGUCAACAAACAUGCAGGCAUCAUGACUGACGAGUGGAUGCGACCCAUCGGGAACAGAUCAAAAAAUUCUGCUGUGGUGAAGUACCUGUUCUCAGCCAUAAUCCAGAGGGCCCUGCUCGCCCCAAUGGUAUGGAUCCUGGUCACUUUGCUUGAUGGAAAGAUCUUCAUCUGUGCCUUCAGUGUGAGUGUAGACCCUACACUCUUCUCAGGUUUGCCCAACAAUACAGAACACGAUGUGAUCAAAAUCAUGGCAAAAGUCCCCUGUAAGGAGGAUGUUAUCUUCAGGAACAGCUCUUUCCGCAAAGCAGUGUCUCGUUAUGUUCGCUGCUAUUCACAAGCAGUUGGCUGGUCUAUCCUUCUCUUCCUGAUUGUACUGGGAUCGCUGGGACGCUUCAUCAAGCCUUGUUUUGAUGACAAUGCCAGCUUCCUGCAGACACGUUACUGGAGCAACUACCUCGACAUGGAGCAGAAGCUCUUUGACGAAACCUGUGUACUGCAUGCGCGUGACUUUGCCCGGAAAUGUGUGGUACAGUUCUUUGAGGACAUCAGGGAGGACAUCAGGGAGGACACCAUAAUCCUUCUUCCCCAGACACCCUUCAUCACAAGCUCCAAAGAGAAAUGGGAGAAUGGAGAAGAGGAGAGACUUCAUGGGAUCACAAAACAGGAGCAGGUGGACCAGCUUUUAAACAAGUGGUACUUCAGUAAACCUGAACUUAACGUGACAAGGAUUGCCCACAAACUUAGGACCUGUGUUGCCUGGGAGGACCAUGAAGGGACUCUGAUAUCUAGGACACAGAGUGCUGUGUAGUUGCAGGAGAGGCCUUUUAUGAUCCAAAACUCUUGUUUUAGUUUCUAUUGAUCAUUUUGUUUGACCAAGCUGAGAGGUCCCACCCAAGAAAAGCUGAUUGUUAGUCCACUGUUAUGAACUAAUAACAAAUGUGUUUAAUGGAAGUUUGAACUGUGUGAAACUUUGUACUCAAUGAACAGCAACUUUCCCUCACCCUGUACACAGAACAUUCUGGUAUGAUAAGCAAAUGCAAAGGGGAUUAGGUAGUGCUAAAUUUCUCGCCCUCACCCUCCAAGGUCUCAAAAUUCUGUUUUUUCAACAAAGACAGAAUUGAUGCUGUAGUUAAUUUGUAACUUAUUCCUAUUAAAGGGUACUAAAUGGCAUAAAACUGAACAAAACUCAGGCAAGAUGAAGUAAUGAUUUAAAUAACUCAGAUUUAUUUCAAAACAACUUUAUUACCAACAUCUGCUUUGCUAUAUCGUUUCUUUAUCAUCUUAUGGCAGUCUUCUUUAAAUAACAAUGGGAAACACCUAUGCAUUUACUUCAGAACGAAGGUCCACAGGUCAGUAUAUUGUCAUCGCUAGUGUCAGCCUCUGAAGUCUGUCUGAGCUGUUAUGUACCUCAUCAUCAAAUUAAAUUAUGGAUGUUCACUUAUUGCUUUUUGACCAUGGCUGGAUGAAUUCACCCAACCUCAGGUGAAUCACUUGUUUUGGAGUAAAUAAAAAAUAAAAAAAAACAAUGAAAGUUUUCUCCCUGGAAAUUGUGGUUGACCAAUUGCAACUCUUUGGUUUGCAAGUUUACGUUUUUGAAUUUAGUCUUUUGACUAAUCAAAACUAGGGCUAUAAUCUAAGGCACCAUCAUAAUAGAAUAGGUACCAAGUAGUUAAAUAAUAAAUACAGUGAUCAUUUUAAAUUCUUUGGAAAAUCCCAAAUUGUUACCCCCUUAUUUCAUUACUUUACAUCUUUUUCCCAAAUACCUACGUAUAAGUAUUGGUACAUUUGGUACUGAUACACCUUUAGGACAAUAGGCUUCAUUUUAAAUCCAGAGUAAUUUUGCUGCAUUUUGUAAGCUGUAAUCUAAAGCAUUACAUGCAAUAUUAGAAAUCUUUGUACAAAUAUAGUUCCCACACAAACUAAUUCGCACAUUUUACUUCUCUUUUUAUAGUUUUUUUGUUGUUGUUCAUUUGCUUUUAUUGACCUGUCAAUUGAAAAUAGGAUAAACUGUUUGAUAAAAAAGCAUUAC